AUGGCAGCAGAUCAGAACGAGUCAUCAACUGUUGAUGCAGUCACUGAGAGGCCUGCGCCACCGUAUACGAUCUUUGAUAGAUCUCAGAAGCGUCUGUUGGCGGUGCUUGUUUCCGCUGCUGCUACAUACACCUCUAAUAAUUCAGUCUCGACACUGGCGUCAAACAUUUAUUUCCCUGCUAUUCCAUCCAUAUCCCGCAGUCUCAAUGUCUCUACUGAGCUCGUCAACCUUUCCAUUACCUCCUACCUUAUCUUCCAGGGCCUAGCGCCUAGCCUCUGGGGUCCAAUCUCAGACGUCAAAGGUCGCCGAAUAGCAUACAUCGGUACCCUAUUUGUAGCAGUCUGUGCCUGCAUUGGUCUCGCAGAGACCAGGAAUUAUACUAUGCUUAUCAUUUUUCGGUGCUUGCAAAGUACUGGGUCUGCUAGUACUGUUGCUAUCGGAUCAGGUGUGAUUGGCGAUAUUACGACCCGUGAAGAUCGUGGGGGAUUCAUGGGUUUUUUUCAAGGAAUGAUGUUGGUUUCCAUUGCUAUUGGGCCUGUUAUCGGGGGAGCGCUUGCAGGGUCGAUUGGAUGGAGAACUAUCUUUUGGUUUCUCACUGUUUACAGCGGGGUACUGCUUACCAUGAUAGGUUUGUUGCUUCCUGAGACGUUGAGGUCAAUCGUGGGAAAUGGUGGUCAACUUCCUUCCCCAAGGAUCGGGCGUUAUCCCCUUGCUCUCUAUCAGCGCUUCAGUAAAACGAAUUGGCGUGAGACUGUGGAAUAUAACCGGCUGGCCCCCAAGAAACGAACCGAACUUUUAGGACCCCUCCGCAUCUUGAUCAGCAAACAGGCCGCCCCGCUGGUACUUUUCUUUGCCAUUUACUUCGCUAUGUGGCAAAUGACGAUUACGGCUAUGGCAACUCUCUUCAAAGAACACUAUGGAUUGACAGAAAUUCAGUCCGGAUUAACCUUCAUCGCUAAUGGUGCGGGCUCUAUGUUCGGGACCCUCAUCACAGGUAGGAUCCUCGACAAGGAUUAUCGCCGGUUCAGAGAACAAGAACUUGCAGAAACAUCACCCUCAAGACAGGAGAAAUUAUUUCCACUUGAACGAGCCCGUCUUCGUCUGGUUCCCAUCUUCGCUGGCCUACAAUGUUUAUCAGUCAUGAUAUUUGGCUGGACUGUUCAAUAUUCGUCCCACGUCCACAUCGCCGUUCCCAUUAUCUCAACGUUUAUUACCGGGUGGACAGCUGUGUCCAAUCAAUCGAUAGUGACGACUUAUUUAGUUGAUGUAUUCCAUGAUAGUAGUGCAGCUGCGAGCGCAAGUCUGAAUAUGGCCCGUUGCUGUCUUGCGGCUGCGGGCUCGGGAUUUGUGAUGCCCAUGGUGAAUCGUGUUGGAUGCGGAGUGGCUUUCACCUGGAGGUAUGGUGGUCUUUGGAGGAGUGAGAUGGAGAAGAAGUGGAGUCGAUGGCUCAUGUAUACUUGA